GCGCUCGAUAUUGUCAUGUCAUAGUUAACACUGCGCCGGAAAAUUCAGUAAUAAACGGCCUAAAACUGCAUUUUAGUUACAGUACACAUAUACGUAUAUUUAGAACAAAAAAAAAUAGAAAGAAAUCGCCAUGGCCAUAUAAAACCUGUGUAGUUAUUGACUGUAGUCAAAAUUAAGUACUUAACACGUCAAGUUUUUUCACUUUUGAAUGAUUGUAAAUAAAAUUAGGCACAGAUUCGCAAAUAUUGCAUUACUGAGCAAAAGUGACACGUGUGUGAAUCUCAUAAGUUAGCGCUGCUAAGAAAUAAAUCAAAAUAAGUGGGUGUUGUAAGCUAAGGAUAACGAUUCAAAAUGGAAGACGGUCACGCAAAAACCGUCGAACAAGCUCUGACCUUCUUUAGCACAGAUGCAGAACGCGGUCUAUCUCUUGAUCAGAUCAAGGCAAACCAGAAGAAAUAUGGACCUAAUGAAUUGCCAACUGAGGAAGGAAAAAGCAUUUGGCAGUUAGUUCUAGAGCAGUUCGACGAUCUUCUGGUGAAGAUUUUGCUAUUGGCAGCCAUAAUAUCAUUUGUAUUAGCGCUAUUUGAAGACCAUGAAGACACAUUCACUGCAUUUGUAGAACCCUUAGUCAUAUUACUUAUUCUAAUAGCAAAUGCUGUCGUUGGUGUUUGGCAGGAGAGAAAUGCCGAAUCAGCAAUUGAGGCACUCAAAGAAUACGAGCCCGAAAUGGGCAAAGUAGUGCGUCAAGAUAAGUCUGGUAUCCAGAAAGUAAGAGCGAAAGAGAUUGUGCCCGGUGAUCUGGUCGAGGUGUCUGUGGGCGACAAGAUCCCAGCUGAUAUUCGCCUCACUCACAUCUAUUCGACAACACUGAGAAUUGAUCAGUCCAUCCUUACCGGCGAGUCUGUUUCGGUUAUCAAGCACACCGAUGCUAUUCCCGAUCCACGCGCCGUCAAUCAGGACAAAAAGAACAUUCUGUUCUCCGGCACAAAUGUUGCCGCUGGCAAGGCACGUGGCGUCGUCAUUGGCACUGGCCUGAGCACUGCUAUUGGUAAAAUCCGUACUGAAAUGUCUGAAACUGAAGAGAUUAAAACACCACUGCAACAGAAAUUGGAUGAGUUCGGUGAGCAGCUGUCCAAGGUGAUCUCCAUCAUUUGCGUUGCUGUCUGGGCCAUCAAUAUUGGACAUUUCAAUGAUCCCGCCCAUGGCGGCUCCUGGAUCAAGGGUGCCAUCUACUAUUUCAAGAUUGCCGUCGCCCUGGCUGUCGCUGCUAUUCCCGAGGGUCUGCCAGCUGUCAUCACCACCUGUUUGGCUUUGGGCACCCGUCGCAUGGCAAAGAAGAACGCUAUUGUCCGAUCUCUGCCAUCUGUCGAGACCUUGGGCUGCACAUCUGUCAUCUGCUCCGAUAAAACUGGCACCCUAACCACAAAUCAAAUGUCCGUUUCCCGCAUGUUCAUCUUCGACAAGGUCGAGGGCAAUGACAGCAGCUUCCUGGAAUUCGAAUUGACUGGCUCCACAUAUGAACCCAUCGGUGAACUGUUCCUGGGCGGCCAAAGAGCUAAGGCCAGCGACUACGAUACUCUGCACGAACUGUCCACUAUUUGCAUUAUGUGCAAUGAUUCCGCCAUUGAUUUCAACGAAUUCAAGUCUUGCUUUGAGAAGGUCGGUGAGGCCACUGAGACUGCAUUGAUUGUCCUGGCCGAGAAACUGAAUGCCUUCAACGUUAACAAAGCCGGAUUGGAUCGUCGCUCAACUGCCAUUGCGUGCCGCGGCGAGAUUGAGACCAAAUGGAAGAAGGAAUUCACUCUGGAGUUCUCCCGCGAUCGUAAAUCCAUGUCCUCGUACUGCACACCACUGAAGGCUUCUCGUCUGGGUACUGGCCCCAAACUCUUUGUCAAGGGCGCACCCGAAGGUGUCCUCGAGCGUUGCACACAUGCCCGCGUCGGCACAUCCAAGGUGCCACUGACCUCCGCACUCAAGAGCAAGAUUCUGGCCCUGACUGGACAGUAUGGUACCGGACGCGAUACUCUGCGUUGCUUGGCCCUUGCCGUUGCCGACAGUCCCAUGCGUCCCGAGGAAAUGGAUCUGGGUGACUCAACCAAAUUCUAUCAAUAUGAAGUGAAUCUAACCUUUGUCGGUGUCGUCGGCAUGUUGGAUCCACCACGUAAAGAGGUCGCCGAUUCGAUUAUUCGUUGCCGUGCCGCUGGCAUUCGUGUCAUUGUCAUCACUGGCGAUAACAAGGCCACCGCUGAGGCCAUCUGCCGUCGCAUUGGCGUCUUCUCCGAGGAUGAGGAUACAACCGGAAAAUCAUAUUCGGGACGUGAAUUCGAUGAUCUGUCGCCAGCCGAACAAAAAGCCGCCGUUGCCCGUUCUCGUCUCUUCUCGCGCGUGGAACCCCAGCACAAAUCGAAGAUUGUUGAGUUCUUGCAGGGCAUGAAUGAAAUCUCCGCCAUGACAGGUGAUGGUGUCAAUGACGCCCCCGCUCUCAAGAAGGCCGAAAUUGGUAUUGCUAUGGGCUCUGGUACUGCUGUCGCUAAGUCCGCCGCCGAGAUGGUCUUGGCCGAUGAUAACUUCUCAUCCAUUGUGUCGGCUGUUGAAGAAGGUCGCGCUAUUUACAACAACAUGAAACAAUUCAUUCGUUAUCUGAUUUCGUCCAACAUCGGCGAAGUUGUUUCCAUUUUCCUAACUGCUGCUCUGGGUUUGCCCGAGGCUUUGAUUCCCGUUCAACUCUUGUGGGUUAACUUGGUCACUGAUGGUCUGCCAGCUACAGCUCUUGGUUUCAAUCCCCCUGACUUGGACAUUAUGGAGAAACCACCAAGGAAGGCUGACGAAGGUUUAAUCUCUGGAUGGCUGUUCUUCCGUUACAUGGCGAUUGGUUUCUACGUCGGUGCAGCAACGGUCGGUGCCGCCGCUUGGUGGUUCAUCUUCUCUGCCGAGGGACCCGGUCUGAACUACUGGCAACUGACUCACCAUCUUGCCUGCUUGGGCGGUGGUGAUGAAUUCAAAGGUGUCGAUUGCAAAAUCUUCACUGAUCCACACGCAAUGACCAUGGCCCUGUCCGUGCUGGUAACCAUUGAAAUGUUGAACGCCAUGAACAGCUUAUCUGAGAAUCAGUCUUUGGUAACAAUGCCGCCAUGGUGCAAUUUGUGGUUGCUUGGUUCAAUGGCCCUUUCUUUCACUCUUCACUUUGUUAUUCUAUAUGUUGAAGUCCUCUCCACCGUCUUCCAAGUGACACCGUUGUCUACAGAGGAAUGGAUAACUGUGAUGAAAUUCUCAAUUCCUGUAGUUUUAUUAGAUGAAACAUUGAAGUUUGUUGCUAGAAAAAUCGCAGAUGGUGAGAGCGCUAUAUAUAAAAUGCAUGGGAUUGUGUUAAUGUGGGCUGUAUACUUUGGCCUGCUGUACGCUAUGAUGCUUUAAGAAUAUAUUUAUAAUCAUUAAGCCCAACAUCAUUAUUCUAAUUAACUAGCAUAAAGUGUUACUAAAUAUAAAACAGAAACAAAUACCUAAAGUAACGACUUUAACCAACCAACCAACCAACCAACUACAAAAUAGACUUAUUUCCGAAUAUUACUAAAAAAAAAAGAAAACAAAAAAAUUCACGCGUGAUAUUUUAAUAAGAGAUCGUUUUUACUCUAUGAUUUAUACAAAGAAACACCGUGAACUGGUCAAUAGAUUAUGAGAGUUAACGAUUAAUUACAGAAACCUACACAUAAUACAUUUUUUUUUUAUUUUGAAUAUGUUCUAUAUACAUAUAACAUGGCAUUGCUUUUUGUACAUACGAUGCCUUAAGCAGAAUCGCUCAUUGUUUUCGAAUUCAAAUACACGAAUACGUAAGUUUCAAAAAGAUUUCAAAAUGUCAUUUUUCGAUAACAUUCAAAUGUCAUAAGCAGAUUAUUGCUGCAACAGUGAUGAUCAUUUUUAUAAACAUUUAUAAGUUGAUUAUUACAGGUUUAGUUUCUCUACUUAAAAAAAGUAACAAAAAAAAAAAAAACAGAAAAAAAGUUCAAAUCAUAGAUUUUGUAGUAUCUAUUAUGUGAAAAAUUCAAAUUGUAUUUAUUUUACAAUACAAAAAGUCAACAAAACCCUACAUUUUCUACAAAAACGAUGAAUCUAUGUAAAUACUUCUUCACUUAGGGGUCAUUAUUAACAAAACAAAAAAAAAAGAAAAGAAAAGGAAUAAAACAAGAAAAUGAUUCAAUAUAUUAGAUAAAUCCUAAAAUCCUAAUUAUAUGUAGAUGUCAUACAUAUAUACAACACACACACAUGCAUAUAUAUAUUUUAUUUAUUCAACAACAAUUGGUUUAGCUGCCUUUGAUCAUGGAUGGAAUAGCGGAUAUAUAUUUUGUAUUCAAUUUAUUUAUGUACUAAGUAGUCUUAUGUCAGGCGAGGACUUCCGUUUUGAAAUUAGAAAAAUAUUGGUUCAUUCCAUAGUAUAUAAGAAGUAGGAAUUCAAAAUGUGGAUCGAUAAAGACAAAAACAGUCAGCUUAUGAACAAAGUGUGUACUUUAUUGGUAGGUUACUUAUUAUACAGCUCAAGCUUCCGUUCCGCUUUGCUAUACUUUUCCGGUAAAUUAUGGUAAUUGGGGUCCAUAGAUAACGUCCGUGGUAUUUAUUUUUACGGCAUAUACUAACAUGAUAGCAAUCAUCCAAUUUGUGUCGCAGUUUAGUGUAACAAGUUUUUUACUUUCUGUUUAAACGAAAAAAAAAGUCAGAAUUAAUUAAGAAUCUAACAAGUUUUUAUUUAGAAAAUUCAUUUAAAAUUUACGUUAUGUACUCUGUUAUUAAACAAUUAUAGACGCUGUCAAAUAAAAACCUUAAAUUACAAACAA